UUCAGCUUGGCCAUGUCCUGUCCAGGUUAGACCUGUUCUAUUAGCAGUGAUCAGACAGGGGCUUGGGCUAGCUGGCCCUCACUGCUCCUGAGCAGUUAACCGAGGACUCUGCCUACGGCGGGACCUGGGGCUGCCUGCAGCAGUGGUGCUCAGGCUCAUAUGACCUGUGAGCUGAGCUGCUAUUUCCAAACCAGUCACUUACUGCUGGAAAUAUUUUUGUAAGGAAAUAAUGCUAUAAAUGUCAGAGGGGAGGGCAAGGUGAGGCUGGAGGGCAACACGUGAGGCUACUGGUGUCUGCCACUGAAUGUGGGUGCUUGGGGUGGUAGAACAGGAGCAUGUUCCAUGUGUGUCUGCAGCUGCAGCCUCUUCUGUGGCUCCCUGGAGCAGGGCCCUGGCAUGGUCUGCACAGGCCUUUGGCACAGCAGAACCAGGGCUGGGGCUGAGGAGGGGGCUCUCCUCAUGCACCGAGGCUUCUCUUGGUAGAGCAGGGCAUUGUCAGUCACCCUGUGUACACAGCUAAUUGCUGUUCUAAGAAAGGAGGCUAAAAGCAGUUCGCUCAGUCUGUUAGUGUUCUGUCUGCAGUAACCUUGAGCAGGGAUGCUCAGUGCAGAGAUCAAUGCGUUUGCCAGCAGAUAAACAAGUGCAGGCGGUUCUUUGGUGUGUGCCUGAGCUGCUGCAGGGGCAGAAUGGGGGAGCUCUGUGACUCCUGACACGCCUACCUGGACAGGCCCAUCGGCACAAACCAGGGCACCAUGUGCUUGUGUAUCUUCAAUGACCAGACUGUGACAGGGAAAAGCACAGGAGAGCAGUUGCUUGAACCCUUGGUGGAUCUGAAAGAUUCCUGUGUGGUAGAUGGGUUUGACAGCUACAGCUGGAGGGUAACAAAUGCAGAAGUGUCUGGUGGUGCUGCUGUUCUUCAGCUAUUUUCAGACAGUUCUACAGCAGCCUGCCCUCGUGUUAAGUAGGACAUUGAACACUGUGGAUUGGCAUCAUGGGCUUCUGGUUCUGCGCCUGCAUCAGGAGCACCAGUAGCACUGCUGUGCUCCAACAUGCUGGUGCUGAUCCUCGUUAGCUGUAUGCUGCCUAACUGCCAUGCUGGGCAGCACAGCUCAUUCUACUCCUUUCAACAUGUCUGAUGCAAGUACAGCAGAGUGACUUAGCUCUGAAUGUAUUUGGCACUGCAGCUUUGACACGUCCGCUGGUUCCCCUCAUUGGUGCUCAUGCUUGUGCCUUUUCCCUGGCACACGUGUCUGUGUGUGAGGGCUUGCUGCUGGGAAGCUCUGGUUUUGGGGCUUUGGUGCCUCCUCGGAAAAGCUUUCCAUGAAAAAGCCAGAGCAGGUCUGACCCCUUGGAUGGGGACAUGGACAGGUGGGUGGUAAGAUGAGACACCCACUUCUGCCCAAAAGUGGCUGCUGGCCCGGGCAGCUCGAUUACGAAGUGUCGUGGCAAAGAGCAUGAGCUGCAUGUCCUCAAAAUAGCCCGUGGGAGCCUUUAUAACACAGCGCUGGGGCAGAAACAUCAGUCCUGGGCCAAGGGCCUGCAGGAAGCACAUGUGCUUACUGCUGCCUCCUGUGUCCUGCAUGGGAGCAUAGGGAGAGCUUCACGACGAGGGAGACCCGACCCACCAGGGACACGAGACGGGUGUGAGGGACUGCAGUGGUGCGGCUGCCAUCAUUCCACUGCUGAGGAGGGACCCAACACACCAAAACAGAAGAGGAAAAGCAGCACCUGGAGGACAGUGAGCGGCAGGACGAAGCACUGAGCAACGUGCGCCUCCUCUCCCCCCACAGUGCCUGAAGGCUGCCACCAGCAUGAAGGACUAUUACCUGGUCUCAAUGCCACGGUACAGUCGGUACAGGCAGAAACUGAGAGCUGCACGCACCGUGCACUUCCCCAAUGACAUCGUCUUUCAGGACCACAUCAGGCAGGGGGACCUGGAGCAGGUGGGCAGGUUCAUACGUGCCAGGAAGGUGACACUGGACACCAUCUACCCCUCUGGCAUGGCAGCCCUCCACGAAGCUGUGCUCACUGGGAACCUGGCCUGUGUCAAGCUCCUGGUUAAGUACGGCGCCGACAUCCACCAGCGAGAUGAGAACGGGUGGACGCCCCUGCACAUGGCCUGCAGCGACGGCUACGCCGACAUCGCCAGGUAUCUCAUCUCUCUCGGGGCAAGCCCGGAGGCCACCACCGACAGCGGCGAGAAGCCCUCGGACCUCAUCGACCCCGAGUACCAGGACCUGGUGCAGCUCUUCGGGGCUGCCACGAUGGGCUGAGGCGGCGCUCAGCGGGGAGCGGAGCGGGGCCGGGCCCGGGCUGGGCCUGGGCGGGCGGGCAGGAGCUCGCCGGGAGCUGCGCCCCGGGAACCACUUUGUACUUUUCCAAUAAACCAAGUGCCGG